GCAGUCGUGUCCAAUAUGGCGUGCGUGUUGUGAGCGAUGUUAACGUGCAGGUAGCGCCCCUGCUCCUAACACUUGGACAGAUCUCCGUGAGCGAGGAGAACGAUGUAAUCACAGGAAAAUAAUAUCAAAACAAUGUACAAUGAACUACAGUGGAAAUAUGCCAGAUUGGCAUCAGUAUAAUCCCCCGCAAUCAGGAAUAAACGACGUAACAUCGACCGCUCAAAAUGUCAAUUCGGGACACUUGCCGUUUAUCUCCAGUAUUAGUCCGACCUGCCCGACGCAGCUGAACGGCCUGAAUCUCAGCACGGGAGAGGGCCUCGAGAAACAUCAGAACGACCCGAAUUUCAAUCAUCCGAGGCACUUUCAGCAUCAGCCGCAUCUGCCGGGCAACAUCUCGCACGGUCACAAUGCCGCCGACAACAAUCCCCUGGCGUCGAUGGUGCAGAUGCAGAAUUGCAUUGGCCAUUACGGGCCUACGUCGAAUACGAGAAAUCCCAUGGUGGACAAUCUGAAUGGGCCUAUGGACCCGAGGAACGCCGCGAUAGGCGGUAUGAACGAGGAGUUGGGCUACAGAAACAAUCAGGUGCCUUUAAACGGGCCCAUCUCGCAUCAUCUGAAUGGACCGAACGUGAUGAAUAUGAAUGCGUCGCACGCGCCGAUAGGACCGCGAAACACGAACGUGAACUCGCAUGCCGCCAGCAGAACGGCGGGCCAGCCGUCGUCCUUCGUUCCUUGCAAGGGAUAUUGCUGCAAUCCGGAUCCCAACAUGAGCUAUCAGCAGCAGUGGGAGAAGUACUGCUCCUACCAGAACAACGCGACUUACAGGGAGAACGUUCGCACGUCCACCGGAUAUCAAACAACGGACGCACGGCGAUUCGGGAACGAGUACAACUUCAGGAAGGACAAUUUCGACGGCAAGGAGGCUCUGUCGCCUAUGGUGCCACCGUCUAACGGGCCCAAUGCGGAUCACCGGAGGAACUUUUCCGAUUUUAAGUACCGCAAGGACCGCCUGCUCUCCCGCGGCUACCCGUCCGCCUCGAGCAUGUUGCAGAACUACACCAUGCAAAACUACAAUUACGCGGGGGAGUACCAAAAGUAUCCGUACAACGUUAAAGACUACUCCAAGAUGAGCGGCAUGAACGUCCCGAGUCAGGGUAUGGUUAAACACCCGGAGCAGGGCUUCACGAUGCCCCAGCAGAAGUACAACAGCAAGCAGGUGUCGUAUCAGACCGGCGGCGUUAUUAUGCCGAAUACCAACAUGCCGUCCACGAGUGUUCCGAACCCGAGUAUGAUGCCACCAGCGCAGAAUGCCUACUUCAAUUCGCAGUACCCGCGGAAUCUGCCGACCGACGCGUCGCACGACUGUCAGGAGGUCGCCGACAACGCGUCCAUGGUGAACAGGAUGCAAACAUCCGCGGCCAUGCACGCUCCUCCCGCCCAUUUGCGGUAUCAGAUACAACAGCAGAAGAUGGCGAUGCAGAGAUUCUCGAUGGAGAAUCAUCUGAGGGAGCUGGAGAGGACCAUACCCGGGUACCAGUCGCAUCCCAAAUAUAAGGAAUAUUUUCAUAGGUAUAGAGAAAUAGUGAAAAUGCAGCAAUCCGCGUAUCAGGGACCGAUACAGCAGACACCGUGCGCCGCCACGUCGACGACUGCCGUUAACACCUCCGCCAUGCCGCCGAUAAACUUGCAGUUCGAUCAGAAUGGCGUUUUAAUCAAUUCGAAUUACAUGCCCGCGGCUUUCCCCAGGGUGCAACAAGCGGGGCAGGUGAAUUCUCAGGCGGCGCCGGUGGACGGUCCGGUGGAUAAGCAGGGCAAGCAGGACGGCAACGGCGUUCCCGAGAUGGCGAGUCGCAACGUUCAGAAGCCGGAGCAAUUGAUCUCGCAGCAACACGACGGCCAUCACGCGACCGCGUUGUGCGCGGAAAGCAUGCAGAAGCAGGGCCGAUACCCCGCGCAGAAGAGCCUCGAUCAUCAAAAUCAGUACGAGGCCCAGAAGGCGGGAGGCGAGAGCUUCAACAAUCUAGCCGGGAACGCGAGCAACGCGGCAGUUAUGCAGCAGAAAAUGUCCAAGGAGUUCGCCGACAAGCCGGAGCUCGAUGUGCGGCAGUUUCUCGCAAAUUGGGACGAGUCGGAGGACGAGGACGGCGCGGGCGCCGGCUUGCCGGGCGCCGUUCUGAGCGACUCGACACCGGUGGUGGUCGUGGGCUACGAGAACGUGGAUCUCUCGGCGAAGACGUUGGCGGGUCUGGAGGUCUCCAAGCCGGAGGCGAUCGCUCCGGGAGUGAUUACGUUCGAGAAUCGAGAGAAGAGCGACGUCGGCGUGGUGCCGGCGCAGGACUGCCUGACGAUAUCGUACUCGACCGCGGAGAACAUCGAGAUCGCGAAGGACCCGGCGUGCAAGGACAUCGCGAAGGAGGCUAUCGUGCGGCCGGGCAGCCACAUCAUACAGUGCAUAAGCAACGGGCCCGACGAGGUACCGACGAUACACAUAGUCGACAAUCUGGAGAUAGGUAGUAUUUUGCAGGUCACCAACGGUCAAGUGACCGAGACUCUGGGGCGGCCGGACGCGGUGUCGUUCUUCCAAGAGGGAACGGAAGUCGCGGCGGCCACGAUAACCCUCGAGGCUGACAAGUUCAAGAAGACCGACGACAGUGCGACCGAGCCGACCGCGUCGACCGAGUACGAUGGAAACGAUCUUGGAAAUCUGAGCAACGUCGUCGAAGGCGAUCCUGCCCCGCCUAAAACGGUCGAGAGUACGCCGCAAACGUCGCGAGUAAACGACCAGGUGGUCGCUGUCCUGCCCACGUCCGCGAAGGACUCCGCCCGAGACGCGAAUUUGAAGAAGCAGAGCAGUUUCGCGAGCGAGGAAUCUCAUAAUCCGGACGAUAUAAGCCUGCCGGACUUGCCCACGUCCGAGUGCACCCCGAUCUCCACCACGCUUAACACGCCGAUUCACUCCGACAACGAGGAGUCAUCGGAGCACGUCGAGGACCUCACGAUACCGACAAAUCCGAUCGAGAUUAUGCAGAACAGCCCCAUGAUCAGUUUCACGCAGUCGCCGACGAAGGCAGAGCCCUACGAUCAUCUGAGCGGUGAGGAAACCGUCCGUAAUAAACCUGCCGAUUCGUUAGACGGAAAUGAAUAUCAGACGGAGAACCGCUUCAAAAACAACGGCGGCGAUAACAACCUGCUCGGUCACGAUGCUAUUCUCAAUACAUUUGAAUUUUCCGCGAGUGCCGAUAAGAACGGAUCUGUGACGUCCGCGAAAAGUGGCAAGGAGCGCGCGAAUCUAAAUGGAGCUUCCGCUUCGGCAAACAACAGCGAGAAGAUAUUCGCGCCCGACAACGAAACGGAAACUGUGGAGGCCACCGCUAGCAUGCGCAUGACUCUGACCUCCGGCGAGUAUGAAUUAAAGAUCGUGUCAACGGGAGCGCAGAAUAAAACGGUGCAGGCUUAUAAAAAUUUAACGAGCGACCGCCGCGCUAAUGAAUCUCAAGCAGCAGCGAAUCCGGAUGCACAUAACAAGUCGCAGGCAGAAACGAAUGCAAAAGCCGCGUCGCGGUACGGUGACUCGGCGAAAAUCGAUAACGCAUCGCAGAAUGUCACGAACAAUUCCGACCCCGUUGAAUUGGACGACGGUCAGGAUGGUGUUAACUAUGCCGGAAGGAGACGCGUCUCCUCGACCGAAAUGACCCGUCAGACGUCAACGAAUAGAGCGAGCUCGUCACCGACGAACGACGUCGCGCCGAGGAGUUCCAGGACAGCAGAGGACAGUUGCGUGACGCAGGUUGUUAAAGGUAAUUCACCGGCAUCACAUGGCGCGAGGCAUCUGGGUGGCGAGAAGUUGCGGAAAUCCUCGUUCGCGAACGAGGACUCUGCCGCGGAGAAGAGCGCCGCCGGCGGUAACAGGCCGGCGAGAAUCGACGCGACGGACCCGAAGAGCUCACGGCACGCGAGGCACGCGGAUCACAGGAAGUCGAUCUCGAGCGACCAGGCGAUCUCUCGUAAGAAGAGAUACUUGUUGGAGAACACGGCGGAGAGGUGCGGCGAGACCAUCGUGCAUCACAAUAAACAUACUCAAGAUGCGGCGACGCACAAGGACAGAUCCUGUAAUGAAAAUCCCAAGGGAUCCAACAGCGCGCCUAACAAACCGAGAGUGAUCGAGAACGUUAGUAUCGUCGACAGCGCGGAAAGGAUGCGGCUUCUGAAGGAGUACAGAAGAAUAAAGUACAAGUCGCUCGGCGUCAGCGAUGUCUACGACAAGGGCAAGGACGCGCUGGAGGCCACCGAUUAUGCGGCGAAUAAGAAAUUUCAUCGUUCAUCGAAUCCCGACGAACCGUCGCCGUGCGACAAUCAGCUGUGCCAGAAGGACGUGACGAGAUCUAAAUCGUCCGAGGAGCAGGACGGGAAGCGCGCGAACAUCUUGAAGACGUUCGUGACUAAUAAUAUGAACCCCGACUUCGCCAUUCAAGUUACGAACGUCAAUCUGAAGCUCAAGGAUGACGAUCACCAGAAGGGCUCGCAGCAUUCGAGGGAGGAGACGAAGAGCGGCGGUUCCCUCGACGGAAUCAAAAUUGAGAUAAACGUGUCGUGCACGGAGCGGAACACAACGGAGAAGCUGCUGCACGAGAACAUCAAGAAUGCCGUCGCCGAGACGAUCGGCCACUUGACUAGUUCGAUCUCGAACGGGGCACGAUCGAAUUCGAUGAGUAUAUCGGAGAUUCAGUGCGACAAGAAGAUGAUCUGCGACAAAGCGGAUCGCCGGGAUUACGAGAAGCGCAGUAGUCGACCACCGUCCGCCGGCCCGGAAGUGUCUGCGCAUAAUGAAGCUCACGAAGAUCACAACGACGCCCUCAAGUCGGCGGCCGCAUGCAAGGACGAUACGAGCGGCGAGGCGCUUGCCUCGAAGAAACGGCGAAGUUCAUUGUCGGAGCAAGAAUUGAUUAGUGACGUAUACGAAGAUAGCGGUAUGUUUUCAAAUUGUACAGAACCGCCUAGUUGCGAUGUGAUCUUACGAGACGAUGCUACUCUUUCAGGUAACGUUAAUACCGAGUCUGAGCUGGCAUCGAGCGGCUUGAAAACUUCACGAUCGGAGCAGGCGACGGUCAGAAGGAGAAGCGUGCAAGAUGCGGAAAGGAAGGUCGCGGCUACCAGCUUCUGCGACGAGGAAUUGAAAGCCUCUUCGGAUAAUUCGCCGUAUUUAGGCGCGAAGAGUGUCAUCGUGCCGAAGAAGGAGCAUCAGGAAACAGCCGUCGCUUCUUCGUGCAGGAGCGCGAAAAAUUUUGAAGACGAUGCCGCGUCUAAAUUAAACGUCAUCCCGUCGACUUCUUCGGGCACGGUGGAGCCCAGCAUGGAGGAUGCCAAUUACGAUCAUCCCGCGCAUCUUGAUUACAAUCACUUUGACGUCGCGCCGAAUGAAAACAAGGACGCCGGCGACAGGCGUGCCGCCGACAGAUGGAAGAGACCAAAGAGAGACGACGGUAGAUUCGGCAACUUCGAUCUGUACGGAAACAGCAGCGGUUACGUGAACCCGACCUUCUUCGCGGACGAGCUGGAGAAUCGAAAUACAGUUCCUGUGUACACCACCAAAGACGGAAAGAUAACUUACAGUCCUAAUCCUCGCACGUAUCGCGAGCUACUUGUGGAGGCCCGCGCGAAGGAUGGUUACGGUAAUCAAGCCCGCGAAUCAUAUUGCGCGAGAUCUCCGUCGUACGAUUAUUACAAUUGCUCCAAGUUACGGAAGGUGUUCAAGAGAAAUCGCGACGUCACCGGUCGGAAGAGGGAGAUCGAAUCCGCGGAGGCCAAGCCCGCCGCGAAGCACGUCGAUUAUUCGUCGAAUAAUAAUGCCGUUCACAAAAACGCCAACUGCGCGAAAACCCGCGAUACGUCGCAUUUAGAGUUCUUCAACGACGACGCGGACAAGUUGUACGCGAGCAAGAGCGAACAGGAGAGCAAGGAGGCCAGCAAGAGGAAUAUCGUGGAUCUGGACUUUCUCGAGAAGCAAUACAAUCCGGACAACGAAUCCGCGACCGUCAUUAAGCACUGCAAGACGAAAGUGUUCGCGGAAAAUCUCGAGUACGAGAAAGGAUACAACGAAAGCUCCGUGUUCGAGUCGAAUUUAUUUCUGGAGCCCAGAGCCGCGUGUUGGGAGGAGACGAUGGAGUCGGUUAAGUCGUACUCCUCUCACAUCGACAGGAGAAACAGCGGUAAAAGAGAGCUGAACUUCAGCGAGAUCUUCACCGCGCAGAAACGCGGAUUGGAUCCCUUCCCGUUCCUGCCCGCGGAGCAAGACACUUCCGACAGCGGCAAUCGUAAGACGAAUUGCGACGUGACGAACGAGCCAGCGUCGCGUCACGCAACUACGUGCAGCUACAUCGACGAUCUACGUUCGAUUCGGAACGACGAUUCGCGGUGUGAACAAUCGGACGCCGCUUUAUGCAAUAGGCAGGAAAAUGAGUAUAAUAAUCAGAACGUUACGUCAGCAGAGAUCAGCGACAAGCCGGUAAGCAUACUUGACGCGUCGUUGAAUAUGCAAAGUAACGAUGAACAAAAGCGAGAAUCUCGUCAGUUCGAUGAAGACGAAUCCGGUGCAAUUAAACUCGAUGAGAGGGCACGAUCGUGUUCGCCUAAAAUAACGAACGAGAAAAUUCACGAUCUAGAAGAUCAAUGUUCUACGAGCUACGUUGAAGACAAUGAAGCCUCGACGAAACAUCCAGUGGAAGACGAUUCGCAUCUUCCUCGCGCUGUCUCCCCGGAGAAAGAUAAAUCCGAUGCCGAAGUUGCAAACCCGAAGGAGAUCUCGGAUGAAGAACCCGCCAAAGUCGCAAGUCCGAAAUUAAACGUCGAAUCUACAGAUUCGCCCAACGAGCCGAAAAAUACGGAAACGGUAAAAGAAUCCGCGCUCGCUACGAUCGAGCGCGGUGAUGAAAUCGACGACUCGGCGAAAGGUGAUUCAGACUCUGCCGUGAAUCAGGAGAUUGUAUAUCAGCAGCAAGUUUCAUCAGCCACGAUCGAUCACAAAGAUAGAGAAGAGACUGCGCCUGCCGCGGAAUCGAAUGUUUCGGCCGAGGUAAAUUUCGAUCGAACAGACGAGCAAGACGCGUGCGACAGAGAAGAUCCUGCGACAUCUAAAGAGGACGAACCGAGUGACUUGCGAAAUCCACCUGAUGCCGCGUUCGUGGAGCAAACGCUCGACGGGGAACGCAACGAGCGGCAGUCGGAAAUACCGGAGAACGAUGAACAGAGAGCCGAGAUCUCUUUGAAGGAUCAGGGAGUUAAUGAAGUCGACACUUGUUCCACGAUAAUAUCUACGCCAGCCGUCGCUUUGGACCUGCGAACGGAGAAUGUGUGCGAUUUAUUCGCAUGCGAGAGGCGCGAGCAAAAUAUAUCCGAGUUCACCGUUAUCAAGAGCAUCAUUAAGGGCGACAAGAAGCAGUGUCAAGAAGCCGAGACGAGCGAGACUCCUAGGGAUUGCGGCAGCAUAAUCGACACCAAGCUGCUGUGCAUGGACUCCACCGAUUGCGGGAUCUACCCGGAGGACAGAUGCGCGCUGGUGCAGAUGUCCGAGCACGAUUUCACGGAGGACGACAGCAUGGUGCCGAUGGUGUGGGAGACGAGCCAGAUCCAGGAAGACGCCGUCAAUCGUCUGUGCAGCAUCGACGAGUCGCCGAUCGACUUCGCGGGCGCGGUUAACUCGCUCCAGGAUAAUUCGCUGCUGGGCCAUCUGUCCCUGUCGCGGAUGUCCGCUACCAAAGAACCCCAAGUCGCGGAGGUGACUAACGAAAUUGAAAGCAAGACGAUCGACGAGUUCGUGCCGGCGGUCGAAUCGGCGGCGGCGGCGACGAUCGAGGAAUCUAAGGCGACACUGAGCCACGACGAGAGCAGGGAGCAAAUUUCAGAGCACAGUCAAAUUUCUUCCAGUGGCUUCGAGAAGAUCGCGUACUUGCGCGCGACCGAUUGCAACGCCAACACAAAGAUGGUUCCCAAGCUUGUCAUCAAGAAGAGCGAGACUAGCUCGAAAUUCAUUACCAAGGCGGGUGCCUCCUGCGUGACGCAGGACAGCGUAGCCAACAAGUCGAUCUGCCAACCGAAGAUACCAAAGAUGAUCAUCAGGAACGCUAGAUCCCGCCCGGGGACUCCGUCCAUCGAGGCGGUUCACGAAGAAACUUCUGUUCAGACAAGUAUCUCCGAUCGAGCGUUGCUCACGAACGAGGAUCUGUGCGAGAGCAAUUCCGAAAGUUCUCUACACGAGUCAAAUAGUUAUAGAAAUAAGAUCCCCAAGAUGAAGAUUAAGCUGGACGAUAAGCAUUCCAACAAAAUAAUGAGAGCCGAUGACGAGGAGAUUUGCGUUAAACGCAAAAACGCGAAGAAAACGACACCGAAAGUGAAAAUAAAGAGUACCUUGCGGUCCGAUCUCGCGGAUAAUUCGGUUUGCGGCAGUAUGAUUUCUCAGGACUCGAGGGAUUCGGCAAGAUACGAGGAGAAGAUACCUAUAUUAAAAUUGCGGAAGCAGGAGAGGAACAGGUCGUCAUCUCCGGAAGUGACGCGGAAGAGGCAGAGCUCGAGCUAUUCGGACGCCGCGCCGGUCAAGAAGUACCGACGAUCGGAACGCGACGAGACGGAACAUCACACGAGACGCAGCAACUCCUCCGAUUCGACGCGAACGAACGCGUCGGAGUGCGAAACGAAGAAGAAUCCCUUGCGCAUCUCCGAGAAGAUUCCCAAGGUGAUCAUCAAGAGAACGUCGUCUAGCGCGGAGUUCAAGUGCGAGCUCAGCAAAUGCUACAAGAAUGUCAUCGCGAGGAGCGCCAAGUGGCAACCGGAGGUCAAACUGGAGAGGCACCGUAUCCUGGACAGCAUGGUGAAGGAUUUGAAGUUAACUCUGUCCCCGAUCACGUUACGGGCUCUCGACAGGAUGUCCGCGAGUCGCAGGGACGGCCAUCGUCGAGAGAAGCAAGGUGACUGUAAACUGUCCAGAUCGAACUCAACGUCCGACCUACUUCCGACCAAGUGUAAGCAGAGGAGAAUGUCGGAUUACGACUGUAGUAAAAAAGCCAACGACGCGUCGAAGGUCGAUGUCAAUUUUGCGCCGUCACCAGACACAGAUUCCAGAGACGCGCGAAUCAAGACGUGCACCACGCCGAAGAGGAACGCAUUGUCCAGAAGUAACAAGUCAGCGACCAACGAAUGCCAAAGGGACAAUAAACGUAGGUCGAGAUCUCGCGACAAUAAUCCACGAUCGGAGGCGGAGUCCGACAGAGAAAUCAAUCGGUCGUCUAAAAGAGUCAACUCGCAGAAGAUUACCGCUCAAUGCGACAAGCACAAGACCGACGGUUUCGACAUCGAUCGCGAACGAGCGGCGAAAGCGGACGAAGAUACGAUCUCAGGUAAGAAGAACAUCCCCGUCAAGCAUCCAAGCAGCUCAAGUUUCAAGCUUGCGUUAAAGGAGUUGAAAGCGACAUCGAAGAUAGAAACCUGUUUCGCGAAAUUGCCCGGUCCGAGCGAAACGUCGUCCGAGGAAGUCAAUUUACAGGCUGACAAGAGGAAGGACGACGAGCCCUUCUUGAGCAAGGACGUUAGCAAAAUUGUGAUAAAAAAGGAACUUCUGAGUACCUCCAGCGACAUGGAUAACGAUUGCACUCUGCAGGACGAAACUGACCUGCUUAAGGACGACUCCGCGAGCAUGCUGGAUAAUUUCGAGAACAGCGCCGUUAUUAAAGUCGAAUCGUCGGACGACAGCCAGUCGACCAUAGAGAUCCUGCCCGCUUCGCCGGAUGAUAAUCGCAGCGAGCUGGAGAGGCACAUGGUCGAGGAUGGCGAGCAAUUGUAUUCGGCGGAUGCGAUCCCGACUCAAUUCGAGCUGGAGUUAGAGAUCGCGGACAACAGCAACACGGAUCUGCUGGAUGCGUCCAUGCCGAAACUCGAUCCCAUCGGCUGUUACAAUUCAAAUCGUGUAACUGAAGAGUCGAGCGAUCAAACCGCGACGGCGGAACGUUGCGACAAAUCUGACGCUUCCUCUCGCGGCAAGAAUUCGCUCGAGAAAGAUAUGAGUGUCGUGGAAAUUGAUGUCAACAACAGCGAUGACAGAUCCGCAUUGGAGAACGGCUCGGCUGGCACUGUCAGAGAGAUCUCUUUGAAAGCCCCGUGUUACAAGGCGACGGGCAUCGCUGCGACGAGGGAAAACUUUUGCUGCAACGAUUCCUUGAUAAAGGAGGUUCUGGCGGCCAAGGAGACCUUGAAGAAGUGCCUUUCAAAAUCCAACUACGACGUCCAGGGUAACGCGAGAUCGAAGACAGCCGCGGAGAAGAAGCAGGGCCCGAGUUUCGAUGUCAAUUGCUUCUCGGAGGCGCCGCCCUCGAGUGACGCUUCUCAGGGCUGUCAUAGCGACGUCGCGCCUCAGACGGGCUCUGCACCCGCGGCAAGUAAGCCCAGCAAGACUGAGAAUAUAUCUAAUAUCGAGAAGUCUGAGAAGAAACAUUCCAAAUCAAGCAAAAGUUCCCUCACGAGGAAGAAACCGGAUGAAAACGAAGGAGAUUCCAAGGAGGCGGCGAAGAACACGUUCGAGUGCAAUAUGAUAUCCUUGAAAACGUUUAAACAGCUCGAUCAGGCUGCGCCGAACGAAAACCGUACCGUGCACUUGAACGAGAAACGAAAGAGUCUAACGGGCCGAGGCGACGAUGUUCCCCAUUCGCAAGAUACGCGCCGGAAAGAGAAGAAUCGGGUGUCGGCCUACAAAAUUCCCAAGAUAUCGAGAGUCACAGACGAGGGGAACGACACGAGCAACGCGAAGGAAAUCAAGCCCAAAGAGGACAACAUGCCGAUAUUGGAACCCGAGGUCGAUGUGAAUUUCGACACGAAUUCAGACAGAGAGAGCUCCAGAUCGCCGCCAGUCAUCACGAUCCAGAACAGCGAAGAUCUCGAUAUAGAGGAGUCCAAGUUGGUGGACGACAAAAUAAUAACGUCAAGCAUUAAAAAUGAAAGCAAUACGAAGAACGUUAAAGAAAGCGAGAUGUCUAUCGUCGAUCUCAUAACUCAAUUAGCUUAUCACGAAAAGGCGACGAUAAAGCACAGACGGUAUUGCAACCUGUGCGAAAGAUGGUUCCCCACAACAUCGCGGCAUCGACGGCACUUGGCUGGAUACCAACACCGUCACAUAGAACUGACCCAACGUAGAAGCAUUCACGCACUGUUCACGCUCUUCACGGGCAAGCCUUGUCCCAGGCUAGUAUCGGCGAAUGUUGUACGAAAUGAUUGCUCUGUAGGUGAAUUAACGCCGUUACAAAUUGCGGUACAGGAUGUCACAAAGUGUUUCGACCGUACGCAGCAGAGCCCGAGGAAGGAAAACGACGUUGCUAAAUAAUCGCGAGUAAGUUAUUUGGGCUACAAGCAUAUAUACAUAUAUAUACAGUUACUGUGAUUACAUAAUAACGGCUUACAGUGCAAUCUUCUACAAAUCCGUUAUAUCCGCGACGAUAAAAGAUCGAAUAUUUUAUAUUGCGGCUGAAUCGCGAGCGAUCCAGCUGCUACUGUUAACUGGCGUCGGCAUCGAAAUUUUUAACUGCUAGAUGAAAACGAACGCUUCGAAAAAGUUUGCUGAUUUUAGCUAAGUCAACCGUUGUGGGUCAUUAUUAACAAAGAAGUUACCCGAGGGACAGUUCUAGCUCGCAAUUAGAUGUUUUAGCCAAAGAUUUUAACAACUAAAUAAUACACGUUCGAUUAUUUACACUUUUCAAAGGAGACUCCGGUCUUUUAUUUGUACAAAGUUUUACGAGUGAUGUUCAACUGCUGAAUGUGCUCACACUGCGAAUUUUUAUUUAUAUUAUGAAGAGACUUAUAUAAAUAUUAUAUAUAUAUAUAUAUA